AUGGAUAUUAAAAAAUCACUAUACACUCGAUUAGGUAAAUCCUCAGAAAAUCUAACGAUUGCCAGCAGUUCCGAUGAUGACAGUGGUACGUUACCAAAAAAGAAAGCAUUUCGGAAUAAAAAAAGUGAAAAACAUGAACGUAAUGGUGUAAGCGAGAAGAAUUUGGACAGCAACGGUAUAGGAGUUGGGUAUGAGAAAAAGAAAAGUGCUUAUGGUGUAUUCACAAAGUGGAAAAAUGCUUAUGUCCGGUUUGGUGAUAAAUCGGAUGAAGAAAACGAAAAGUUGAACGAGAAAAAUGGUGAAAAACCAAAAAACAAUUAUUUCCGGUAA